CUAUUCUCAUGACGUGAAGGAGAUAAUCAUUUUGAUUACUACUGAGGACCGAAGUAUCAACUUACAGCAGUAUUUCAAAAUUAGUUUCAGAGUUUUUCCAAAUCCUCUCGCCGUAACAGUAAAUAUGGAAUUGCUACGGUAUUUAGUUUUCUUUUUGUUGCCAUUUUCUUUCGGAUUUCCAAAUAGGAAUUCUGAAGAUGAAUCAGAGAGGUACCUCGAAACUUCAGAAUUUUCUGCUUUACCUACAACUGAACUAGUAGCUGAUUUCGGAUGCUCAAAAAAUGAGCAUUUCAGUUUUUGUUCAGCUCAUUGUCAACAUAACUGCUCAACCUUGGGACUUCCUAUACCAUGUCCGAUUGGUUGUUUUUCUGGAUGCGUCUGUGAUACCGGAUAUGUAAGAGGGCUGAAAAAUGAUUGUGUAUUAAUCGAAGAGUGCAAUUCAAACGAAGAGGAAGAAGAUUUUGAUGUUGAUGACCUAGUUAAAUCUACCUCCUUUGAAUGUCUCGAAAAUGAGAAAUAUAGCUUCUGUAAUGCUCACUGUCAAAAUAAUUGCACUACGCUGAUAAAUCCAGUUCCUUGUUCUGAUGAAUGCAUCUCGGGAUGCAUUUGUAAUGAAGGUUAUGUUAGAGAUGGCAAUGGAGAAUGUAUUUCUAUAGAGCAGUGCACAUUAUUAGAAGAAGGACUAGCAGAAGAAGAAGAAGAAGAAGAUGAAGAUUUCUGCCCACCGAAGGAAUUUUUCAGUCCAUGCCUUGCUCACUGCCAAAGGAAUUGCAGCAAUUGGAGUGAUCCCUCAGUGGUAUGUUUAAAAAUAUGUGUACCUGGAUGUAUUUGCGAUAAUGGUCUGGUUAGAGGACCUUAUGGAAAUUGCAUACAGCCUCGCAAGUGUCCAACACGUCAUACCUUGCAAAGUGUCUCAGGUACCAUAGCCAUGGAUUGCCCAGUUGAUGAACAUUUUGAAGGAUGUAAAGCGCAUUGUCAAAAGAAUUGCUCUAAUUGGGACCAAGAAACAAAAUGCUCAAACAUGUGCGUCUCUGGGUGUGUUUGUGAUGAAGGCUUUGUUCGUGGUCCAUAUGGAAAGUGUGUUUUAACAGAAAAAUGCUCUUCAUUGAAUCAAAAGCCUAAAAACAACAUCAAAAAUAAGAACUUGAAUUCUUGCCCAGAGGGAGAAGAAGGAAGCAACUUGCAAUCUAUUCAAGAUUCAAAUUUAUACUGUGUUUCUGAAAAUGGCGAUAUAAAAUUUUGUCCACCUACUUAUUUAAACGGAUGUGUUUGUAAAAAGGGGCACAUAAGAAAACAAGAUAGCCAGUGUAUCGAUCAUAGAUUUCUACCAAAUGCAAAUGAAAUACAUUUCAUGCAUGAUUUAGGAAAUAUAGAGCCUUCACUAAGUUAUUUUGAACUAGAAAUCAACAAAGAGUCUCUUGAUUUAAUCAAACCAACCAAAGACUAUAAUUUUGAUUCAACAACACCUCGGCCUAUUAUUCAAUCUUUGGAAAUCAACACACGGAGCAAGGCUCAUGACGAAACUCCAACUACAAUUUCACAAGAGAUGUUAGCUGAAAAUUUAAAUGCUGACUUCCAUGGAUGUCCAAGCCAGCAAAAAUGCUUGGAAUGGUGUCAGAAGGAAGGCUUUUCAAUUGGAAUUUGCAGGGGAUUUGGAAGUUGGAAAUAUUGUGCUUGUCGCCAUGGCUGAGUAUAAGAUGUAUAAGAGAUCGACGAUAUUUUUACAAUCGUGUGAUGGUCUCAUACAACAGCAUAUGUCAAAUGAUACAUAUCACUGUUUAUCUUUAUUUUCAUGAAAUGUACUUUUGAAAAGCGCCAUGCCUAAUCUAAUUACGUAAAGCCUUAAAACAAGCAAGCAAUAAAUAGGCAAUAAAUAAAAUAAAGCAAGGCAAUAAAUAAAAUAAUGGAAA